CAGUAUGGUAAUUAAAAUAAUCCCACGCCCAUGGUAUCAAAACCGAGCUUCCGUCUUUUCUUUCCAGUUUUACUCCGUCUUCUUCUUCAACUCCUUGUUUGCACACACACACAAAGAAAUCCUUUCCUUUUCAGACAACCGCGCGCCCGCCCCUUCCGACACUUCCGAUGAUAUAGCUGUCUCUUUCCAUUUUCCAUUCUCUUUUAUAUCGACGUCCCUCAUUUCUCCACGUGUCUCCGGAUCUCAACCCACUAUUUAAAUAUACUUUAUCUUUUCCUCUUCCUUUGCCAUUUCAUCUCCUUUCUUACAGAGAAUCUAGAGCGGGAAUAAAACGACUCGCCGUUUUCUUCCGUCUAUCUGACUUCUCCGUUCUUAGUAGAUCCGACGUUCACCAGCCGGAAAACUCCUCGUACCGGAUCCAUAACAAGUUAACAACCUUAAAACCGACAGCGAUCUGUUGGGUUUUGAUUGAAUCGGACGGUGGAGAUGGCGCCGAGCACGAUCAGGAAAGCUAUCGGGACCGUUAAGGAUCAAACGAGCAUUGGCAUAGCCAAGGUAGUGAGUAAUAUGGCACCGGAGCUCGAGGUGGCGUUAGUAAAGGCGAUGAGCCACGACGAUGAUCCGGCGAACGAGAAGUACAUAAGGGAGAUCUUGAACUUGACAUCGUAUUCUCGUGGGUACGUGAACGCUUGCGUGGCGGUGGUGUCGAAGCGGCUGGGGAAGACAAGGGACUGGAUUGUGGCGCUCAAGGCGCUGAUGCUGAUCCAUAGGUUGUUAAACGAGGGAGAUCCGCUGUUUCAAGAAGAGAUUUUGUAUGCUACGAGGAGAGGAACGAGACUUUUGAACAUGUCUGAUUUUCGAGAUGAAGCGCACUCUAGUUCGUGGGAUCAUUCUGCUUUUGUCAGGACCUACUCUAUGUAUUUAGAUCAAAGACUUGAAUUGAUGCUAUUUGACCGGAAGGGCGGCAGUGCUGCCGGCGGUGGCGGGAGUGGUGGCAGUGUACACGGUGAAAUUGAUAGAUAUGGAACCAGAGAUGAUUUCAGAUCACCGCCACCGAGACCAUACGAGUAUAAUGAUUAUGGGGAUUAUAGGGGUGAAAGUGGACAUGGAGGUUAUGGAAUGACUAGGAGGACGAGGUCUUUUGGAGACAUGAGUGAAGCCGUGGGCCGAGAUGGGCGAGAAGAGAGAAGGGUUGUGACUCCAUUGAGGGAAAUGAAGCCUGAGAGAAUUUUUGGCAAGAUGGCUCAUUUGCAGAGGUUGUUGGACAGGUUCUUGUCUUGCCGGCCCACGGGUUUAGCCAAGAACAGCAGGAUGAUUCUGAUUGCUCUUUACCCAAUUGUGAGAGAGAGUUUCCAAUUGUAUGCCGAUAUAUGUGAGGUUUUGGCAGUCUUGCUGGACAAAUUCUUUGACAUGGAGUAUCCAGAUUGUGUUAAGGCUUUUGAUGCUUAUGCUAGCGUAGCUAAGCAGAUCGAUGAGCUGAUUGCGUUUUAUAAUUGGUGCAAGGAUAAUGGCGUGGCUCGAUCCUCAGAAUAUCCAGACGUGCAGAAGAUUACAAGUAAGUUGUUGGAAACUUUGGACGAGUUUGUGAGGGAUAGGGCAAAACGGCCCAAGAGUCCUGAGAGGAAAGAGGAGGCUCCUUCUGUGGCUCAGGAAGAAGAGCCUGUACCUGAUAUGAAUGAAAUUAAGGCACUACCACCGCCAGAGAAUUACACUCCUCCUCCUCCUACCCCUCCUCAGCCGGAGCCUAAGCCUCAGCAACCACAGGUUGCUGAAGAUUUGGUGAAUUUAAGGGAUGAUGCUGUCACUGCAGAUGACCAGGGGAAUAAAUUGGCUUUGGCUUUGUUUGCUGGGCCACCUGCUAAUAAUGGAGAUGGGUCAUGGGAAGCAUUCCCAUCUAAUGGAGAGCCUCAGGUGACCUCAGCUUGGCAGAACCCAGCCGCUGAACCUGACAAGGCAGAUUGGGAAUUGGCACUGGUUGAAUCGGCCAGCAAUCUAUCGAAGCAAAAGGCAACAUUGGGAGGUGGGUUUGAUCCAUUGUUGUUAAAUGGCAUGUAUGAUCAAGGAAUGGUGAGGCAACAUACUAAUACUACACAAUUGAGCGGAGGUAGUGCUAGCAGUGUGGCAUUGCCAGGGCCAGGUAAGAGUGCAACACCUGUUUUAGCUCUUCCGGCUCCAGACGGUACAGUUCAGACUGUUAAUCAGGAUCCUUUUGCUGCUUCUCUGAGCAUUCCACCUCCUUCGUAUGUGCAAAUGGCUGAUAUGGAGAAGAAACAACAUAUGCUUGUCCAGGAACAGAUAGUGUGGCAGCAAUAUGGGAAGGAUGGAAUGCAAGGCCAAUCUAGUUUGGCCAAACUCAAUGGCACCGGCUACUACACUGUGGGGCCAGGGCCAAUGCCAAUGAUGCCUUACGGGAUGCCACCAGUGAACGGAAUGGGGCCACCGGCUGGGUAUUACUACACUCCUUAGUGAUUUUUUAUUCUGUUUAUCUAUAGAUGACUUCUCUUUGUUCAUGUUAUGUUUAUCUUUUUAGUUUUUUUUUUUUUAAUCCUUUUUAAAGAAUUUGAUGUUAUUCCUGCAAUUUGUGCACAAAAUGGGGUGUGGGAGGUAGAGGGAGAGACUGAAUUCAAGACGUGGGGAGUUCUGAUGUUUGGGAGACCUGCUGUAAUUGCAAUCUUGGCAUCUCUUUGAGCUUUGUAAUAUUAGCAUUUUCUUUAAAAAUUUUUGUCCUUUUGAGAACAUACAAUUUAAUUACAAUUAACAAAGUUUAACUGCAA